GACACGGCGGAACUAUUUCCACCGGACAGCUUUUAGCGACGUACUGAAGAGUCAAGCAGCCAAAAUCCAAACCGCACAUUUUGAUAUUUCCAUCCUGUUUGAGGCAAAAACAUGGGAGAGAAACCAGUCAGAGUGCUGGCCUGUGGAGACGUUGAAGGAAGACUCUCUGCCCUGUUUAACAGAGUCCAGACCAUCCAGAAGAAGACGGGGCAGUUUGAUUUGUUGCUGUGUGUUGGAGAGUUUUUUGGGAUGACACCAGAGGCUGAAGCAGAGUGGGAGCAGUACAGAAGUGGAGCCAAGAAAGCUCCCAUCCACACUUACAUCCUGGGAGCAACGAGACAGGAGACGGUGAAGAAUUUCUCCAGCGCUGAUGGCUGUGAGUUGGCUGAAAACAUCACGUAUCUCGGACGGCGUGGUGUGUUUACGGGAGUAUCAGGGUUACAGAUUGCCUACGUCAGCGGCCAGGAGGCCCUGCAGGAACCGGCCCCAGCUCACUGCUUCACAUCCAAAGAUCUGACGGCCCUCGUGGCCCCGCUGACCAGCAGCACCAAGUUCAGAGGAGUGGACAUCCUGCUGACGUCACAGUGGCCCCGAGGAGUGUGGCAGUACGGAAACACCCCGGAAGUGAACACAAAGUCGUGUGGAAGCAGCUCUAUAGCAAACCUCGCUGACAAACUGAAGCCACGGUACCAUUUCGCUGCACUAGAGGGCGCUCACUAUGAACGACUCCCAUACAGGAAUCACGUUGUUCUUCAAGAAAACGCUCAGCACGUCAGCCGCUUCAUUGCCCUCGCCACUGUCAACAACCCCGCAAAGAAGAAGUACUUGUACGCCUUUAACAUCAUCCCGAUGAAGACGAUGGAUCCUUCAGAGCUGGUGAAACAGCCGCAGGACGUGACAGAAAACCCGUACAGAUGUCCAACCAAAGACAAGGCAGAAAAACAGAAGAGCUUCGCUGCUGCAGACGAGGAGGAGCCAGCGGCUCAGUUCUUCUUCGACCUCAGCAGGAAGCAGGGCGGGGGUCACCGGGGCCACGGCAGGAAGAGACCUCCAGACGGAGACAGACGAGGGUGGGACCAUCAGGGUGACAGAGAAGGACACUAUCAGGGGCCCAAACAGCCACGCAGACACCCUCAGCCGACCGGUCCGUGCUGGUUCUGUCUGGCCAGUCCUCAGGUGGAGAAACACCUGGUCAUCAGCAUCGGAUCACAUUGCUAUUUGGCAAAGGCCAAAGGCGGUCUGACCCCGCAGCACGUCCUCAUCUUGCCCAUCGGUCACUACCAGUCCGUGGUGGAUCUGAGCUCUGAGGUGGUGGAGGAGAUGGAGAAGUACAAAACAGCACUGAGGAGCUUCUAUAAGAGCCGAGGGGAGCGCUGCGUGAUGUUUGAGAGGAACUACAAGAGCCAACACCUGCAGCUACAGGUAGUCCCAGUGCCACUGGACCGCUGCGCCACAGACGACAUCAAAGAGGCGUUCAUGGUCCAGGCUCAGGAGCAGCAGAUGGAGCUGAUGGAGAUUCCCCAACACACUGACCUCAAACAGAUUGCUCCUCCAGGGACACCGUACUUCUACGUGGAGUUGGACUCAGGAGAGAAACUCUACUAUCGCAUACAGAAAUUUUUUCCUCUGCAGUUUGGGAGGGAGGUCCUGGCCAGCGAGGCAGUGCUGAACAUCCCGACUCGGGCCGACUGGAGGGAGUGUAAACAGAGCAGAGAGGAGGAGGAGGAGAACAGCAAACAGCUGAGAGACGGAUUCCAGCCGUUCGACUUCGCCUGGGAGGACUAGCACACAUAUGAACACAUUAAACAUACUCUUUUGUUCAUAAUCUGAGGGAAAUGUGCUUCACUGAUAAAUUUCCUGCUGAGUCUUUGUUAAAAGGAUCAAAACCACAGUCAGGUCUGAACAGUUAGCUUAGCUUAGCACAAAGAAUGGAAACAGAGGGAAACUGCUAGCCUACUUGUGUCCAAAGCUAACAAAAACCAUUUACCUAUAAAGUCUUUAUUUGUGUUAAUUUACGGUAUUUUAACCAGCAAAGACUUUAGGAUGUCACAGAGCAGUCUGAUCCACUACACCAGCAUUUUUUUAUUUUUAGGAGAUGUAUGACCAGGAAGCUUCAAAAGUGCUGAUUGGUGGACUUCUUCCUGUCUUUGGACAGAACCAGGCGAGAAAGUUCUCUCGUUUUUUAGCUUUUCCUAAGCGAAGCCUAACUUGGCAAACCAGCUAAAGAGCAAAGCAUAUUCUCCAAAUACACACUUUUUUUUUUUCAACUUAAAUUUUGUUUUUAGCUGUUUAUGGCGUAUUUUCAGAGGUUAUGUGAGGAAAAUUAAGAUAUUUCAGUAGUUUUAUUUUAAGAUCACAAGAGCCUUAGUUUGAAGUGUUUCCUUUGAAAAAUAUGUUUAUUUUUAUUAUUAAAGAGGCUGAAAGUCAAAAGUUUUAUAAGAAGUUGAAUGGACAAAAGAGCUGAAAUAAACAAGCAUAGAUUCAUAAUUAAAACACUUAAAGACAUCCAUCUUGAUCCAAACAUGAGUUUUGUGCAGCUGCUCGAUAGCCUCCUUCAAAAUAAAAGAAUAUUUAAAGCCACGGAGACCAGCUCAGCAACUUUUUUCUGAACUCCCAUGGAUGCUCAUGGGAUAAGAGUUUUUAAAUGUAUUUUUUUAAUUUUGUAAAUGUACAAUUAAACUGUCGUGUUUGAUGUCUGAA